GAGAGAGAGACAUGGCAACGGCGAUGGCAUUGGACGGCGUCACCCACCGGACACUGGACGUGAACGGCAUCAAGAUCCACGUGGCCGAGGCCGGUGACGGCUCCACAGGCGGAACGGUCCUCUUCCUGCACGGCUUCCUGGAGCUCUGGUGGUCGUGGCACCAUCAGCUCCGGUCCCUCCCGGCGCGCGGCUACCGCUGCCUGGCCCCGGACCUCCGGGGAUACGGCGACUCCUCCGCCCCGCCCUCCCCAUCCUCCUACACCGCCCUCCACCUCGUCGGCGACGUGGUGGGCCUCCUCGACGCGCUGUCUCUCCGCCAGGUGUUCGUGGUAGGCCAAGGCUGGGGCGCCCUCCUGGCGUGGCACCUCGCCACGUUCCGGCCCGACAGGGUGCGCGCGCUCGUCAACAUGAGCGUCGCCUUCAUGCCGCGCAACCCUGCGGUGCGGCCGCUCGAGGCGUUCCGGCGGCUCUAUGGUGACGGCUACUACCUUCUUCGGCUGCAGGAGCCCGGCGCCAUGGAGGCAGAGUUCGCGCGGAUGGACACCCGGUUCAUCUUCAGGAAGCUCCUCACGACCCGCGACACCGGCGCCAUCUCGCUGUCCCCGGAGUGGUGGGGCUCGUCGGACCAGGAAAUCCCCCUGCCGCCGUGGCUCUCGGAGGAGUACGUCGACCGCCUCGCCGCCAAGUUCGACGAGACGGGCUUUGCCGGAGCCAUGAACUUUUACCGCUGCCUCGACCUGAACUGGGAGCUGACGGCGCCGUGGACGGGGGCGAAGGUGACUGUGCCGACCAAGUACAUGGCGGGGGAGGAGGCGAUGUCGUACAACUACACGGGUGUGCAGGAGUACAUACACAAGGGCGGGCUCAAGGGCGACGUGCCGCGGCUGGAGGAGGUGGCGGUGAUCGCCGGCGCCGCGCACUACAUCCACCUCGAGAAGGCGGAGGAGGUCACCGAGCACAUCUGCGACUUCAUCAAAAACUUUUGACAGUGCAGGACGGCAGGUCUAGCAUGGCGAUUAUUUGGCCCAUCUGGUGUCAUCUUCUGAUGGGAUCAUGGGACUGCUGUAGCUCAUCAGGAAGUUGUAGUGAGCACGGUUCGUAAUUUUCUCUUGUAAAAUCAGUGUAAUAGCACUAGAAAUCUUGUGUUCCGUAAUUUUCUCUUGUAAAAUCAAUGUAAUAGCACUACAAAUCUUGUGUUCUGACUGCUCUGUCAGUUCCCCGUUGAACGAGUUCGAGAGUCUAGAGGACUCUGUUAUGUAAAAAUAGCAAAAGGGGCGGCAUAUGUUCGCCGAUUGUCCUUCAAUUUAUUAGUUGGUUAUGGAUGGUUUGGAUUA